AUGGACACAUUAUUAGAUAAGAAAGAUAUUAAUGCAAAUGAUAAAGAUUUGCUAAAGAAAAAGAAGAAAAACACAUUUAGCUAAAAGGAAGUUUUUAGUGAUGGCUAUGAUACAGAUGGGUAUAAAGAUGAAGAAGAUAGAAAGAAGUUAAAUUAAAUGAAUGAAGUUGAUAGAGUAAAUGAAUUGAAUAGAAGAUUGGAGGAAAGAAAUAAUAAAAAAUUUGAUGACAAAAUAGCAGAAAAGGCAGAAAAAGUUAAAACAACUGCAGGAGCUGCAGUAGCAUCUAAUAUUUUUGUAGAUCCUACCAAUGGCUUAGACUAAUCUAAAAAGAGUUAAGUAGAAAAGGAUAAAAUGCAGCUAAAAAAAGAAUUAGAAACAAAAAGAGAAAAGUUAAAAGACUCAAAUUCUCAUUCUAAUAAUAAUAAUGAUUAUAAUUUUUCACAAUAUGAUGAUUUUAAGAGUUAAACUCAUGGUCUAGCUCAGCACUAAAGAGAAAGAAAUACUUAGAGUGAAGAAUUUUAAAAAUUAGUUAAAUAGCUAACUCUCUCAAAAGAUUAUCUAAACAAGUUACUACUUCGUUCUUAUUUUCAUGAAUUAGUUAAGGGAGUAUAUGUUAAAGUUAGAAUAGGAACAAAAUACGAAAUCUAUAAAAUAGAAGGUGCUCAUUCUGAAGGUAAUAAUACUGUUUUUACAUUAAAUAAUGGACUCAAGACCAGAAAAAUAGAUUUACAAUAUAUUUCAAACUAAAAUCCUGAUCAAGUUGAGCUAUGUACUUACUAUGAAUAAAAUAAACAUGAAAAACUUCAGAGCUUAGUUGAUAAAAAGAAGUAGUUUGAUGACUUGAUAAAUAAAAAGUAAGAAAAGAGUGAGAAGCAAAAAUAUUAAGAGAUAGACUAGCAAAUUUCCUAAAAAAUAGAGCAAGGAUAUUAUGAAAAGCAGAAUAAUUUAAAUGCUAAUGAAAUUUAAACUAAUAUUGGUUUUUACAAAGAUAGAAUAUUAGAUAUAGAUUAUAUUGAGCAAAAUUAGAUAUAAGUAGGUAAGUCAGAAUUGGAAAAGCUCUAAAAAGACAAAGUUAGAUUUUAAAAAAAUGUAGAAUACUUGUAAAAGUAAAUUAAACUUGUUAAGCACUAAAUAGUACCAAUUUUUACCAAAAAUGUUCUUGAAAUGGGUUCUAAAAUCAGUGAAUAGGCACUAAAUAAAAAAAAUGCAAAAAUUAAAGACAAAGCCAUGAUAAGAAGAUAGAAAAUUCAAAAAUUACAAUAACCAUAUUUUGCCUUCGAAGAAUAAUUCAAGCAACUUUCUCAAUACUCUACAUCUAUUUUAUUGAAGGAAAUAAUUAAAAAUAAUCAUUCAAGCUUGCACCUUUCAUCCUAAAUAUAAAAAGACUUAAGUCUUAUUGAUUGUUCUGAUUAAACAAUGCAAUCUUUGAUUUCUAACAAAAAAUGA